GGCGAGGGGAUAGGCGCGGGGGCGCGUCCGUCACAGGGCAGCCCCCGGCCCCGACCCGGAGGGAUGCGGAGUGGCGGCGGCGGCAGUGGCGGAGACUGUGGCUUUAAGAGCGCGCCCGGAGCCCGGGAGCCAGCCGGGCGGCCCUCUGCUGCUGCGCACCCCCGCGGAGCCGAGCCCCGCGCUGGCCGGACGGGGCAGCUUGCUGCCGGGCUGCUGAGAACCAGCCCUAGACCUCUGCUUGAGGGUCCUUCCUCUGAAGACAUCACCAGUGUGUGGAGCGUGCCCCACACCCACCCCCUGCCAAACCACGGCCUUUACCUGUGUCUUCCGGUGUUUCCCGUGCGACCCAUCCUGUGGGAGUGCCUCGUGGGCCACUCCAGAGUUCACUCCACGCUCUACGGCACCAAUGGUGAAGAUGACAAGAUCCAAGACUUUCCAGGCAUAUUUGCCUUCCUGCCACCGGACCUACAGCUGCAUUCACUGCAGAGCCCACUUGGCCAAUCAUGAUGAACUCAUUUCCAAGUCGUUCCAAGGAAGUCAAGGACGAGCAUACCUCUUUAACUCAGUAGUUAAUGUGGGCUGCGGGCCUGCAGAAGAGCGAGUGUUGCUAACAGGAUUGCAUGCAGUUGCAGACAUUUACUGUGAAAACUGCAAAACCACUCUGGGCUGGAAAUAUGAACAUGCCUUUGAAAGCAGCCAGAAAUAUAAAGAAGGCAAAUACAUCAUUGAGCUAGCACACAUGAUCAAGGACAAUGGCUGGGACUGAUUGGAGGGUAUCCACCUACCCCAGUGUCCACGUGAACGCCAUCCAACCAAACAUUCUACCCAAGCGUGAGAGAGUGACUGAACACUUGGUUCCAUCCAUUUAGGGGCCUUGCCAUCUGGGGCAUUCUCCCACCCUGAAGCCGUCUUUCUGGUGACCGGCCUCUAAAUCGCUGUCUCUCUGUCUCUUUGCUUUGUAUCUGUUUGUGAGUUGAUCCUGGCUUCUCUCUGUUCUAGUGUUGGCUGAAAACAAAACAACGAAAGGAACAGAUGCCUGACCGCAUGGGGCAGCCCACCUUGAUAAGGGCCCUGGGGCUCAUUAAGAGCUGCUUGAUGGCCUCUUGUCAGGAGAGCAGUGAGUGGCACAGCAUGGGGGUGCAAGGAAGAAGGAAAUGGGGAGCCGUGAGGGUCCCAGGGCUGGUCAGUGGACGGGACGUUAGAAGUAGGAACAAAAUUGUGCUGCUCCUGGAGUCCUGGUAACUUAGGCUUGAAAUAAUCGACUUGUCUAAAAGGACAAAGAAAAAAAAUACCUCAUGACUGCAUUCUCUCUGAUCAGAAGCUCUGUUCCUGAACCAGCUGUGUCCGGUUAGCAUGUGAGCACAAGAAUGCGCCCUAACUAGUGGGACAGGGGCUUGGUCCUCCUGGGUCCAGCUGGGGGUGUCCUGGCAGCAGAGAGUGCAAAGCCCAGAUGGUUUUGAUAACUCUGAUGCCUCAGUGCCCCUUCAGGUAAUCUUUGCCUCUUCAGCCACUGUUGGUGAGAGGAUGGGAGACUGCCUUUUGCAAUGGGUGCAAGAUCCAAACAUCCCAAAGGCUUUGACCACCAACCAAGUAAAAUCAGUAAUUGAGGAGAACAGGGAACAAAGGGGGCUGUAGUUUGGGAGCUCCUACAGAAAUGGCUCAGAUAUUGGGCCAGAAAAAAAAAAAAAGUAGAACCAGCUAGCAGUUCUGUCUGACCUUUUUUUCCUGACCCUUAAUAAGAGAAGAGCAUUGUGGCAAGGAAGGGGGUGGGGUGGGGAAAUGCUGGGAAUAGUUUAGAUUUGAGCCAUUACAGGUUAGUGUAUAUUUCCACUUUGGUAUGCAAUGGCUUCAGUGAGAUCAGCAAUUCUUUGUACAUAGAGUUUUGGUUGUUUUUCUCCAGUUCUAUCAUUGUAGAUUGUGGAAAACAAAAAGUCCCAAGGCUUUGAGCUUAGUGAUAACCCAGCCAGUAGAUUCCUCAUGCCCCUAGCUAUUCUCCUUGGACUUGAAUGCUUUGUGUGAAGAGAAAUUGUCAGAGUGGUCCAGCAGUGGGGAGGACUUAGAUAUGAUAUCAAACAUCAAGUUAUAAAUUCUGAUAUUAGCCCCCGCCUCCCAUCUCCCAAACCAAAGUUGAUUAUAUUAGGGAAGUGGGGAACAAAUCCCUAUAAGGCUCAUGAGAGAAAGGAGUUUGUUAUAGUUAACCAACACUAUGAAGUGUUUUCUACAGCACUUCAGCCAGUACAUGGUGCAUGACCGAAACUCAUUUAACUGAGUUAAUUUUAUUGCUUAGACUGAAUAUGUAAUUAUUGUUAAGAUAUGUGCAGGUUAUGUUAGAGUAUCUCAUUCUUGAAAGGGGGCUGAUCCUAUAGAAAAAAUUCACCUAAAAAGUCACAAAAAGAAUGAGUUCAUAGAGAGGCAAGAAUCUAUAAAGUUGAAUAAUCAAGAUUCAAGCAGCCAACCCAGAACAUUUCCAGAAUUCAAACAAAUUCCUCUAGGGAGUGAUCCAUGGUGGAAAUGCUUUUUUCUGUCUCUGUGUGCUGAUUGCAGAAGGGGGACCCGAGGUAGGCGUGGUCAUGCCCUGGAGGUAGUGAACUGUGGGACUGACAGGAAACCAGGUGGCUCCAGGUUUAGCUGUAGACCACCUCUGUAAGACAAUUAAAAAAAAAAAAGGAUUCUUAGAAAUUUAAUCUUGUUCCCAAAGGCUUUUAGUCCACAUCUUUCAGUAUUUUAGUAUCCUGGGGAGGUUAAGUUUUCCCCACAUUGCUAAAAAGCAGAAUGAGGUUCAGAAGGAGUAUUUCAUUUCCACUCCCAGAGAAAAAGGUCUUCUGGCUCCCAGGGCCAAGAUCUCAAUAAAAACCAUUUUCUACUUUCACAUUCCUAAGCUGGCUUGCCAGCACAAAAAUUAUAGAUCCCUCUUUCUGUCUCCCUUGAAGGUAGUGGCCUUCAUUUAUGGAUUUUGAUAAGCCCCUUUGCUUGGGGAAAGUCCUAUUGAUACUCGUUUUCAUAGAAAGAAAAUGGGGGUUAAACAUGGGUAGGUGUUUUGUCUGUGAAACUAAAAAUGGAGUGUGGUGAUAUAGAAACCAGACAUGGGGUGCCCUAGAAUUUUCAACAGGGAGAAGAGACCCAUGUGCCACUGUUGCUCCUUGGGGAUGAGGCCUCUGACUGUUGCAUGGAUCAGAGCAGGCUUCAGUUAGACCCAGGUUCUGGUCUUCUUUCUUUCUUUCUUCUUUCUUCUUUCUUUCUUUCUUUUUCUUUCUUUUCUUUUUCUUUCUUUCUUUCUUUCUUUCUCUCUUCUCUCUCUCUCUCUCUCUCUCUUUCUUUCUUUCUUUCUUUCUUUCUUUAGCUAUUACCCAUUGAGCAUCCAGUGGGUGCAUGGCGCCGUACUUGGUGCGAAAGAUCUGAGUAGAAUGUUGGUUUUUCUGUAACUACAGGGGAAAAAAACACAACUCAUUAGGCUAUCCCUUUGUGUCAAUGAAACCAAAAGUGCUUCUUAUAACUUUAUCUCCAUUCAUGGCUUGUCUACCUAAUGUCUAGCAGUAUUGGAGAGACCGCAGCUGAGUGAUGGGGACACAUCAACUCAUGGCCUCAGUCAGUUCAUUCUUUAAUUUCCUCACCAAAUUAUUGACUCAGAGCAUAACCAAAGACCUCAUCCAUUCACCCCUGGCAGGUUCAGGGAAUUGGAGUUUGAUGGUAAAGCCUAGGCAGGGUGCAGGGAGUAGCAGGGCAGGGAGAGGGAGGAGUGAGAAAGGAAAGGCAUGAAGUUCUAUACCUCAGCCAGCAGCUGCCUUCAUUUGCAACUGAAAUCUAGCCAGCAGACCCUCUAGUUCCAUCUCCCCUAUGCUGCCCUAGGUCAUGUGGCAUUGGCAGCCCUGGGUUACACCCAAACCCCCAGGAUGUUAGUCUCAGGCUGCUGAUGGGUUGAUUUGAUAUGAAUCAAAUACAGCCAAACUUGAUGGCCACAGAUUGUCAGCUGGGCCUGACUGAGUGCUGCCCCAACUCCUAUGACAGCAAGAUCAUGGAGAUAGGAUAGAGUAAAUCUUUACUGGUGGGUCAUUGUGUGAAAAAGAGGUGUCCCCUUUAUAAAAAGAUUUUCAAGUGGAUAUAUAUAUUUAAAAAGUUGCUUGUGAAAUAUACUUUUGUAAAUAAUAUUUAAUUUUUUAAAUAAUAUAUUUGGUGCUGUUUUCUCAGAUCCCCUGAGAGCACUUUUUAUUUUCAUUUUUAAAUUCUAUGGUUUCCUCUGCAUUUCUUGAAGUAUAUUUUAAGGGAAAUAGUGAUCAUCAAUAUACUCUUUUUAAAAAAAGAUCUGUAUCACGUUAGUCUGGACUGAGGCAGUAAAGCAAUGCCUCUCUGCAUUUCUUUCCCGAAGGAACAGACUCUGCGCUACAUUACCAGGUUGAGAAUUGAAAUAUUUUCUUGUACCAAUAUUGGCUAGAAAAGAAAGUAAAUAAAAUCAAAUUUAGUAACAACUUAGUGAUUCCUUUUGUUAGAAGAAUUUCCAACAAAUUGGGAUCUUGUUUUUAAUGUGUGUGUGUGUGUGCGCACACACGCGCACACUCACGCACACAUGUGUGUAAAAAGCACUUUGGAUUGUGCCUCCUGUUUUUUUUUCUUUUUUCUUUUUUUUUUUUUUUUAAUUGGGGACACUAUAUCUACAGUUUACACCUUCGGCACAUAAGACUUUUCUUCUCUUUCUCUCUGGUGGUUUUGUUUCUGAGUGGACCAACAGUGCAAACCAUGAGGAUUUUGUUUUUCUGAGCAUGGAGCUAUUGCCAGUUUGCUCCUCUUUCGUUGUGUGCUCAACUUUCACAGAUUGUAAAGGAAAUCUGUUGUUUUGUGAAGAUCAGAGUCAAAUCUGUAUUUCUGAGAUGUGAGUGUACUCCUUAUGUACCGUAGGGUUCCCUUUGUGGUAAAAGCCACCUCAUUAACUGGUUUGGGUUAAAAGAACAUCAGUAAAAUCAUACACGAUACCUUGUAGGUAAACAGCUUAUUUUAUUUCAAGAUCAGAUUGCCUCAGGUUCAGGAAGAGGCUAGGAAAUCUUAAACCCAAUCAACUUAUAUAUUUUAAGAAAGAGUCUGACUCUUAACAGAAAACGUACUAGUGGUCAAGGUGGAGGAAAGAGAUGUUUAAUCUUUUUAAGCAAAAUACAGUCAUGAAAUCUGCCAGCAGUGAAAGGUAAAGCCAAGAAGAAACAAGCUAUAAUCAUCACCAAAUUGGAUCUGCCUAUAUGUUUUUAUAUAACAUUUUGGUGAAAGUGAGAGUCGGUUCCCUUUUCCAACCUGCAGAGACGAUCUUUCGAUAGAAUAGAAUCUGUCUAUUUAUGCUUGUGUUUACAAACUGUAUUUGUUGGGUUUGGGUUUUGUUAUUUUCUUUAUCUUUUUUUUUUUUUUGGUGGCAUUUUUCAGGUCACUUUGCUUCAAUAACAAAGAUAAUUAUUUUCAAAUAAUUUGUCCUCACUUUUUUCUGUAUUUGUACAUAGUUAUUCAGUAUUAGAGAAAAGUGCAUUGUUUCUGUCAUAUUUCAAUCUGUGUUGGUGCUCAUUUGAGAAAAUAAAGUUUUCAAAUAUU